GACAGCUCCGCGGCGGCGGCGGCGUUGGCGGCGGCGGCCCCAGGGCGCGGAGCGGGUGCCCGGCGCGGGGAGCGGAGAGCGCAGCCAUGCCCCAGGCCGCCUCCGGGGCAGCAGCAGCGGCGGCCGGGGCCGGAGCGCGGGCCGGGGGCGCCGGGGGGCCGGCGGCGGCUCGGGCGGGACGAUGAAGCGGCAGAACGUGCGCACGCUGGCGCUCAUCGUGUGCACCUUCACCUACCUGCUGGUGGGCGCCGCGGUCUUCGACGCGCUGGAGUCUGAGCCCGAGAUGAUCGAGCGGCAGCGGCUGGAACUGCGGCAGCAAGAGCUGCGGGCGCGCUACAACCUCAGCCAGGGCGGCUACGAGGAGCUCGAGCGCGUCGUGCUGCGCCUCAAGCCGCACAAGGCCGGCGUGCAGUGGCGCUUCGCCGGCUCCUUCUACUUCGCCAUCACCGUCAUCACCACCAUCGGCUACGGCCACGCAGCGCCCAGCACUGACGGUGGCAAAGUGUUCUGCAUGUUCUACGCGCUACUGGGUAUCCCACUCACGCUGGUUAUGUUCCAGAGCCUGGGUGAGCGCAUCAACACCUUCGUGAAGUACCUGCUGCACCGCGCCAAGAAGGGGCUGGGCAUGCGGCGCGCCGACGUGUCCAUGGCCAACAUGGUGCUCAUCGGCUUCUUCUCGUGCAUCAGCACUCUGUGCAUUGGCGCCGCCGCCUUCUCCUACUAUGAGCACUGGACCUUCUUCCAGGCCUACUACUACUGCUUCAUCACGCUCACCACCAUCGGCUUCGGCGACUACGUGGCGCUGCAGAAGGACCAGGCGCUGCAGACACAGCCGCAGUACGUGGCCUUCAGCUUCGUCUACAUCCUCACGGGCCUCACGGUCAUCGGCGCCUUCCUCAACCUCGUGGUGCUGCGCUUCAUGACCAUGAACGCCGAGGACGAGAAGCGCGACGCCGAGCACCGGGCGCUGCUCACGCGCAACGGGCAGGCGGGCGGGGUCUGCGGAGGCGGCGGCGGCGGCGGCGGCGCGGGCGGCAGCGCGCACACCACAGACACCGCCUCGUCGACGGCGGCGGCAGGCGGCGGCGGCGGCGGCUUCCGCAACGUCUACGCGGAGGUGCUGCACUUCCAGUCCAUGUGCUCAUGCCUCUGGUACAAGAGCCGCGAGAAGCUGCAGUACUCCAUCCCCAUGAUCAUCCCGCGGGACCUCUCCACGUCCGACACGUGCGUCGAGCAGAGCCACUCGUCGCCGGGAGGGGGCGGCCGCUACAGCGACACGCCCUCGCACCACUGCCUGUGCAGCGGGGCGCAGCGCUCCGCUAUCAGCUCUGUGUCCACGGGCCUGCACAGCCUGUCCACCUUCCGCGGCCUCAUGAAGCGCAGGAGCUCCGUGUGAAGCCUGGAGCACCUGGGAGCGCAGGCCGGGGCUCCUGCCGGGAGGAGCAGCAGGGGUCAGUGAGGGGACGGCCCCAGCCGCCUUUGGCCUCUUGGGGCGCCCCCUACACCCCGGACCACCCUCCCUCAGCCCCGCAUCUCCGACUGUGCCUGCUCGCACCAGCCGGCAGGAGCCCGGGCUCUGAGGCCCCUGGAGCCCCCAGCCGCACCCUGCAAAUUCCGACAAAUGUGAAACUUGGGGGGUUUGUGGGGAGGGAAGGCAGAAGCUGGGAGCCCCCCAUCCCUUUGUAAAUCUAAGGAGCUCCCCAGUUAGAGAUCCUGCUGGUACCCAGUCCACCACCACCCCUCUCCUCCCUCCGGAGGGAAAUUCGUGUUCCGUGUGACUUUGCAUCUCUAUUUAUACCUCUGUCCUGCCAGGUCUCCCACCUUUCCUCGGCUCCAAAAGCCAGGGUGUCUUUGUCCAGGUCACCCCCACUCAGUCCCAUUGCCCUUCCUCAUCCCCAGUGAUGUCUCCCAACCUCCCAGUACCUUUUGUGUUGUUUUGCAUGGCUUUGCAAUUACGGAGGAAGUGGAAACCCAGCAGUCCCUAAAGCUAGUCCCCAGAGGGCAGACAGACGGAAAGUAUAAUAGGCAGGACGGGCAGAGAAGGGAGGGGAAGCAAUGGUCCUCCAGGCUGCAGGGGGUCCUGCUGGUAGGUGAAGCCAGUCACUGGCAGCCAGUCACAUUGUCUUGAGGAGGGUGGGGAAAUUCAGCUUUCCAGACACUGUCCUUGGAAUCAAACAGAAAACUUCAUACUUGCCAUCCCCUACUGCUGCUGCUAAUUACUAACUCUGAAAUCUGUAGAAUGAGUUUUAACCUCUGAAAGCCCUGUCCUGACUACUCGUUUGAUGGACUCACAACACCCCAGGUAAGUCACCAGGGCAGUUCCCAUCCGUAUUUUAUGGAUGACACUGGGACUUGGGUAAAAUGACUUGUUCAAGGUGACACAGAUUGCAAAAGGCAAAAGGGAACAAGAACCCAGGUGCUUGUUCUUAGUCAAAGUUCUCUUUUUUCUUCAGACUCCGCAGUCCAUUCUUAACAACAAGACUCCUGCCCUGCGCUUUCUGGCAUUGUGUAAACUGGGGCUAAAAUCAGAACCACAGUCCAAGACUGAGCCAAAUUCAACCUCUAUUCUGCUUGGCCAGGAGGCAGGGGUUCUGAAUGUGCUCCUGAGGCAGGGUAGGACCCCCUCAGACUCUGGACUGCCUACUCACAAACAGGGAAGUCCUUGGAACCAAAGUAAGCAGGGCUGGGUCCCAGAAGACAGGCCCAGAGCUAGGGUCUAGGAGUAUGGGAACUGGGCAAAGUGACCAAGAGAGCUGGCAGGCAUAUGCUACUGGGACAUUAUCCCUGGCCCCACAGCCAGUGUUGGUGCCUAUGUCCCAAAUAGCUAGAUAUAAGCUAAGGCUGCAGCAAGGAACACCCCUCCCAGGUGGGGGGCUUGGACCUGGUGUGGCCCCUGCCUGCCCCACCUGCAAGCCAGAAGCGCAGAUGCAGAGCAGCAGGUGGAGGUAGCACCCCAGGGCUCCACCAUUGGGACCCACGCUGGAGCAGUUACUGUGACUCAGGACAGCAUCAAGGGGUGGUGGUGGGGCCUCUCUCUGCUCCUUAUUGCCCCCCCCCAUGCUGUUCCCAGUCAGCUCCUUAAUACAGCCAAGCAAGGCCAGCCCUGACACUGAGAGAGGCUGAAGUGGGGGGUCCACCGGGCAAUCAGCCUCAGUCCCACCCCAGCCAUGUGCUCUAGCCACUGAGAACCCCAGGGAAGGAAGAAGUCCAGCCUGCCCUGUGUGUGAGCCCCACCUCGGUGUGGAGGAGCUGGCUGCCCAGGUGCCAAGGAGAACAGGGCCCAGAACCCAGGCAAGCCCUCUGUGUUUAUGUUGGGGAUUGGGGGCGGUGCUGGCUGCCUGUGUCCUGUGUAUGACCCUGCCCUCGAGGGGUCCUGUCCUGUCAGUUCCGAGGGAGCCACAACCAAAGUGCAGGAGAUGGUGGGGAAGGAAGCCAAUGGCCCUCAGCAGAGCGUGGCAGACUGCGCAGCCUCCGGCUGGGUCUUUCCCAGGGGGCUGGAAGGCCAGUGCUGUUGCCCCUCCCUCCCCUCCACUGCAGGCAGCCUUCCUGCUUCCCCAAUGCCUUAUGCCUGGGCACACUGCCACAAAAUAUGCAAUACGUGUGGGUCACAUGCCCACAUGCCCACAUCCCCACCCCAGGCAGCCCCUGGACCCCAAAGGCUGCAGCUGCCACAGCCUCCCUUCAGCCCUUCCUGCCUACCUGUCUUCACACUGAGAAUGGCGCCUAAUAAAUGCUGUCCAUGGAGACCAGACUCAGGCUCAGCUACCUCUGUCAUCGUA